AUGCCAAUCGCUCCUAUUACUGGUUCCCUUAAGAGACGUGCUGCCACCGAUCUCGUCAUCGGUUUGGCCCUUGGUACCCUUGGUGGUAGUUGGUACUGGUGGUCUUUCCACAAGGGUGUUGUUUCCAAGCGUGAAGACUACUACCAACAAUUGGCCGCUGCCAAACAAGCCGAAGACGCUUAA